AUGCGAAACAGCACGUCAGCGCUUGUCAGGCUGCCGAAAGAGAAGGAGGUCCGUGUCUUAGACCCGCGGGCCGAUGCUAUACACCGGGGGCUGCAACAGGUGCUAGGCAAGCAAGACGUCGGCUUUCGAUCGGUAGAGCAGGAGCAGGCUUUGCACGCUGUGCUAGAGAAGCAGACGCCGCUUAUUGUCGUGCUUCCAACGGGCGGGGGCAAGAGCUUGCUAUUUACGCUGCCGGCUUGCGUGGAGGAGACAGGCGUAACGGUUGUUGUUGUACCGUACCGAGCGUUGAUUGAAGACUUGGUCGGGCGGAUUCAGCGGUGCGGCGUCGACUGCAUAGAGUGGAAGUACGGCGAGAACGAUCCGGCAUCUGUGGUCGUAGUCAGCGCAGACGUAGCUGGCGAUAUUAAAAGCGGCGGCAACUUUUUGGGUAUGCUUGUGCGUCACGCAACAUACGUACGGGCAAGCACAGUACGGCCGAACGCGCGGUACUUUGUGUCGUGGUGUCAGCGUGGCAAGCUUCAGGACACAGCGUUGUUCAUGUGUAAGCGAUGGGCAGAGAGGCUGCAGCGGAGCAGGCAGAAGGGGGUUGUAUACUGUAAGAGUAAGCCGCAGUGCGAGGCAAUUGCAGAGGAACUCGGGUGCGCUCAUUAUCACGCAGAUGUGGUAGAUCGUGGAGACCGGCUACAAGAGUGGGUAGAGAGGGGUGGGAUGAUUGUGGCAACGUCUGCGCUCGGAACGGGGGUAGACUUUGCGGGGAUUGUGUAUAUCUUGCACGUAGGCAUGCCGUGGAGCAUGAGUGACUUUGCGCAGGCAAGUGGUCGCGGAGGAAGAGGGGGAGAGCAAUUUGAUGUAGUGGUGCUAGUAGAGCAUGGGGAGGUAGAGAAGGCGAUGGAGAGGGAGAAGGACGAGAUUGAUGUGCUGGCGAUAGGACAGUUUUUAAUUGGCAGUGGAUGUCGACGAGAGCUGAUGAGCUCAUACUUGGAUCAAAGAGGGGUGAGCUGUCGGGACAUUGAGGCAGCGGGAUGCGAUCGAUGCGGAGAGGGGGAGGAGGUAUGGAUAGAGGAGCACGUAGAUUGGGCGCAGGAAUGGGCCGCUGUAGAGGAGACAUUUACGGAGCUGCGAAACGGAUGUGCUAUAUGCUGGCUCGUUGGACAGGAGUAUCGGACAAGAGAGGAGGGGCAAUGGAGAAGGCACCGGGCGAUGCAGUGCACGGCGUGGGAGAGGGCAUCUGGAGAGGAGGCUGAUCAGUUCCGAAGGAAGAUUGUGGAUCGGACCGUGAGGAACAACUGUCGGCGGUGCUGG